AUGGAGGACGCCGGUCGCGCAGUCGAGGCGUGGAACGCCGAUGGCCUUAGGGGAAAAGGCCACUACUUGCGCCACAUCCUGCGAACGCACGACGUAGAUGUGGCGCUUAUUUCCGAAACGCAUCUGCGCCCCACCGAUCGCCCGAGUGCUGCGGGCUACCUCGUCUACUGUGAAAAGCACCUGGCAGCGCUGGUUCGACGGAGAAUUCAUCACCGCGCCAUCCACGCUGUCAACCUAACGGGAAUCCUGACGCUAGGGGUAGAGCUGGAACUGGGUGGCCAGCCAACUAACGUGUUGGCCACUCCUUGGCCCCUCACCACCGGAUUCACACCCCGGACAUGA